CCACCAUGCGCGCCCAGCCCAACAUCGUCCUCACCGGCACGCCCGGCACCGGCAAGUCGACGCACGCCGACGCCCUCGCCGCCGCGCUGCCCGCGCUGCGCGCCCUCGACGUCGGCGCCUAUGCGCGCAGCAAGGCGCUCACCAAGGCGUACGACGAGGCAUGGGCCAGCUGGGAGCUCGACGAGGAGGCGCUGCUCGAUGCGCUCGAGGAGGAGGUGCGGCCCGGCGGCGUCGUGCUCGACUGGCACUGCAGCGAGAUCUACCCCGAGCGCUGGGUCGACCUCGUCGUCGUCCUCACGUGCGACCACGAGCUGCUCUGGACGCGCCUCGAGAAGCGCGGCUACUCACUAGCCAAGAUCCAAGAGAACAACACGGCCGAGAUCAUGCAGGUCUCGCUGAGCGAGGCGUACGGCGCGUACGACGAGCGGUGCAUCGUGCAGCUCAAGAGCGAGUCGAGCGACGACGUCGACGCCAACGUGGCGCGCAUCGUGGCGUGGGUGGAGCAGUGGCGGAAAGAGCGGAGCGAGGAG